CCGAGGCCUCCGGCGAUGCGCCCGCCGCCGCCAUUGCAGCCGCCGCCGCCGCCGCCGCCGCCUCCGCCGCAGCAGCAGCAACAACAGCAGCGGCAACAGCGGCAGCAGCAACUUCGGCUGCCGUGCCCACAUCUGUGCCCGCGUCGGCCGCUGCCUCGGCGGCGGAGGCGGCGGAGGCGGCGGCGGCGGCGGAGGCGGCGGCGGCAGCGGCGGCGCUGCCCCCUGCUGAAGCCUUGCGCAGGGCUCGGCAGCAGGUGCAGCGCAACCUGCGCGCCAACCAGCCGCUGCCCCUCGCUGCGGCCGACGCGCUCCUCCCCGCGGCCACGCCGCCAAGUGCCGCCCCGGCGGCCGCGGCGGCCGACACGGCUAGUUCGGCGCCGCCCGCCGCCGGCAGAGGUGCGCGGGAGGGGGACGGGCCGAGCUGGGUGUACCUCGACGACGGCGGCGGCGAGCAAGGGCCGUACACGACCGCGAAGCUCCGCUCGUGGCUCUCGCGAGGCUUGCUCGAGGCGAGCCGGCCAGUCUUCCGGCUGCCGCACGGCGCACCGCGCGACAAGGCGGAGAGGCGGCCGAUGGAGCAGUGGCCAGAGCUGGCGCCGUACGUCGUGAGGGAUGAUGACGCGCCGCCGCUUCCCGCGCCGCUUCCCGCGCCGCUUCCCGCGCCGCCGCCCGCGCCGCCGCCGCCGGGUGGCGACACGGCGGCAGCGGCGGCGGGAGAGGCGGCGGGGGCGGGCGGCGGGGGGGAGGAGCCGCGAGGUGGCCUGAGCGCGCACGAGGCGUCAUCGCUGUGGGAGUACUGGGACGACCGCGGGCGCGUGCAGGGCCCCUUCUCCGCGGAGAAGCUGCUCGGCUGGCUCAAGGCGGGCCACAUCAAGGCGUCGCGCAUGGUCCGCCGCUCGGUCCUCCUCUCGGACCCAAACGAGGCCGCCGCGGCACACGCCGGUGGGUCCUUCACGCCACUCCGCGAGACGGAGCCCUUCGCGGCGGCGCUCGCCGCGCCGCGCGCCCUCCCCGCGCCGCCGCCGGUGCUCCCGUCGCUCGACAGAGGCGGCGAGGUGCCGAUGUGGCUCUACGUGGACGUGACGGGCGCCGAGCAGGGCACGCUUCACCCUAGAAGCGAGAGCCCGUUCACGGCCGCGGCGAUGCAGCGGUGGCGCGCGGCGGCGAUGCUUCCGCCAGAGACGAAGGUGCGCCACGUCUCUGAGGCGAAGGAGGCGGCGCGGCCGAUCAGCAGCGUGCCGCUGCUCGGCGCGCGGCGGCCCCUAGUAGGCCCUAGCGGCGGCGGCGCGGCGGCCGCCGACGGCGGUGCCGGUGCGGCGGGGGGCACAGCGCCGCUGCAGCGGCCGGCGUUUGAGGAGUACUCGGUGGAGGGGCACUUCAACGGCGCGACGGGCCGGUUCGAGGCGGCGCACCGCGCGGGGGACAACUACUGGGACUUCAAGGGCCUCGCGCGGACCGGGGGCGAGCGGAUGAUGGCGCACUACUUUGACCACGACAAGUGGCAGGAGGAGGCGGCGGAGCGCAAGCGCAAGGCAGAGGCGCAGGCGGGGGGGAGGCGCAAGAAGAGCAACAAGGUCUUCAAGGACGGGCGGUACGUGUAAGGCAGCCCACGGAGUGAGGGCGCGGUGCAGGACACUGAACAACCCACAGAGACGUUUGCGCGACACAUGCACACUUUAGAGUGUUUGUAUGUGUGUGUAUAAGUGACUGACAUGCCUUGUUCAACACCCCGUUUACGGUUCAACACCCCGUUUACAUGC